GACGAACAAGCAGCGCUAUCAAGAGACGCCCCAAGACAACGAGUCUUUCCGACCCAUGGCUCCCGAGGUCAUCACAAGCCCGUGACUAUUAACCAUCUUGAAGUGAUGUUGAAUAUCUAGAUUGGAAGACAGUCCACAUCCAGCCAUUCCAAAGCGACAAAUAUGAAUUUUGAGCUCCCCGAAGACGUUCAGGACUAUUUGUCACGUGUUGAUGCCUUUAUCACCUCCACCAUCCUUCCGGUGCAACAUAGCGACGACAACAAUCGCUUCUUUGACCACCGUCGCGAAGCUUCAAGGACACAAUGGAACAAUCAAGGCCUCCCUACCAAGGACUGGGAAGACCUGCUUAGCCGAGCCAGGAGGCUUGCCGACAAGGCAGGCUUCUACCGUUUCGCAUGCCCCAAAGAAUAUGGCGGAUCUGGCAAAGACUCACUCAACCUCCACAUGUGCGCGAUCCGGUACCACCUGUCCUCUCAUCCUGUGUACGGCGGCGGUGUAAGCCUAGCCAACGACAUACAGAACGAGCACAGUGUUGUCGGCAACCACCCCGUCGUCAUCAUGAUGCAUCACUACGGCACCCCCCAGCAGCGGAGGGACUUCAUACCAGCUACCAUCCGCGGCGAGUUGAGAGCCACCUUCGGGUUAACCGAGAUCGACCACGGCUCCGACGCCACUCACAUGAAGACGACAGCCCGGCCGGUCACGCUUGCCUCAGGCGAGCCCGGGUACGAGAUCAACGGGAACAAAAAGUGGCAGACGGGGAUGCACACCGCCACCCACUGCAUCAUCUUCGCCCGGACGGCCGGCAAGGCGGGCGACGCCAAGGGCAUCACGGCGUUCCUCGUCCCCCGGGAAACCCCGGGCCUCAGCGUGGCGUCGUACGAAUGGACACUGAACAUGCCCACCGACCACGCGACAGUCAUGCUGCAGGACGUCCGCGUCCCGGCCUCGGCGGUCCUGGGCCCCCUCGGCGGGGGGCUGGCCAUCGCGCAGACGUUCACGCACGAGAACAGGAUCCGCCAGGCCGCCUCGAGCUGCGGGGCCACGCGGUACUGCAUCGACCGGAGCGUCGAGCACGCCAACCGGCGCGAGGUGUUCGGGAGGCCGCUGUCCUCCAACCAGGCCAUCCAGUGGCCCCUGGUGGAGCUCUCGACGCAGGAGGAGAUGCUGAGGCUCCUGAUCCUGCGCACGGCCGUGGAGAUGGACCAGGUCUCGGCGCGGGCCCAGGCCGCCGGGGAGCUGCCGUGGGUCGCCAUCGAGAGGCAGCUUGGGCACAAGAUCAGCAUGUGCAACUACUAUGCGAACAGGCUGGUCUGCCAGGCUGCCGACCGGGCUAUCCAGAUCCACGGCGGGGAUGGGUACUCGAGGCACUAUCCUUUUGAACACAUAUGGCGGCAUUUCAGGCGGUAUCGAAUCACGGAGGGGAGUGAGGAGGUGCAGAUGCGGAAGGUUGCUGCUUACUUGUUCGGCUACAAGAAAACGGGGCUGGAAGAGCCGAGAAGGAGUCGGGCUAACUUGUGAGCUGACUGUCACGGAAGACAAGUUGCGAAAAAUUGGUACAUUGGCGAGAUCAUUUCAUGGCGAAGCACUCCACAUGGCUACUGUCGAUCGCCUUUAGUAUCUCGCUCUACGUUUCUUUGGUAUAAAUUAAUACUUUUGAUUUUCGAAUUCAAGUGGACGUUCAGAAUGAAAUGAGUAAGAUGGAAGAGAAAUGGAAGAGAACAACGUUGCAUGGAA